AUGGUGGAACAACUUAAAUUUAUUGUUGAACAAUUAAAACGACCACCCUUCAAUCGAAAUCAUUAUAAUAUUCUUACUUUUGAUAAUUUAACAAAUAAUCAAUUAUUACAAGUUUUAACAGAUGUUUUUGCUGUUGUGGAUCCGUAUGAUCCAUUUCAUAAAAUUGAUAUUCGGGAUGAAGAGCCGGAAAAAACAGCUGCUCGACAUAUGAAUACAUUAAAAAUGCUUGGUUAUCGGCCGAAACUUGAUACAGAUGUCAAUACAUUUCGACAAAACUUAGUUAGUGGUGCUAAAAGUGUCGUUUUUCCUAUAUUACAAUGGCUUCUUGAAAAGUUGCCUGAACAUAAAGAACGUGCAUAUUUAGGCAGAUAUCUAUCAAAAAUAGAUGUACCUCCUGAAUUUUCAAGCGAUCCAGAAAUUGCUGAACAACAUGAACGAUGUGAUGAUUUAAUGGAAGAAUUUAAAGAAGUUCAUCGAGGAUAUAAAGAAUUAACAUCAACACCACAUACAAUUGAUGAUCUUCGACGUGAUAUAAAACAACUUGAAGAUGAAAAAGAAACAUUAGAAAAACGACUUGAACGACAAAAAACUCGUAUACAAAAAGUACCAGCUGCUCAAAUAGAAUUAGCAAAAAAUUAUCGUAAAGAAGUUGAAAAAGAAGAAAAAUUAAAUACAAUGAAACAAGAUUUAAACACUGUUAUAAAUCAACUUGAACAAAAAAUACAACGUCUUGAAAGACAAUUAACUGAUCAACGUUCAUCAUCUACUGAUCAAUCACCUGAAGCAAUUAUGAAACGAAUGGAAGAAGAAAAUCAAGUUAAUAGUUAUUUAGUUACGGAAAAAUUUCCAAAAGAACUUAAUCAAAUGAAAAUGAAACUUCGAUAUUAUGAAGAAGUAGCAACUAAUAAAGCUUUAGGUCAAACUGAAUUAUCUAAUUAUCGAGCAAAAAUAAGUGAAUUAAAUUCAAUAAUCAAUAAAUUUCAUGAAAAACGUGUUUUGGCUAAAGAUCCUACAGCUGAUAAUUUAGCUGUUUUUCGUCAACAAGCACUUAUUGUUGCUCGACGAAAAGAACAAGCUGCCGAACGUCUGACACAAUUACGUGCAGAGAAUGAUGCACUUGAAAAACAAUUUGGUCGAAAUCUACCAAUGGGACAAGUUGGCUCAUCUUCAAUUGCUAAAAAUAGUAGCCACUUUCAACGUUAUGUUAAUAUGUUGCGAAGUAAAAGUAAUACAUAUAAACGAAAACGUCAAGAAAUUAAUGACAUGACAGCUGAAUUACAAUUACUUAAACGAACAGAAGAACUUCUUAAAGAAGAAGUUGAACAAAUCAAAGGUCGAAUGAGUAUGGAAGAACGUAAACAUGGUAUUGAAGGUUAUUUUUCUACUCAAGAACGUCUUGAAGAAUUAUCUACACUAAAAAUGGAACAAGAUGAAUUAAAAGGAAAAACUUUAGAUGAAAUAACAGCUUUAAUUAAAACAUUAAAUAAUCGUAUUUCAUCAAAAAAAGCUGAACUUGAUCCAAUUCUUAAAGAAGUUAAACCAUUAAGAGCUAAAGUUCAAGAAUUACGAAGUGAAUAUGAAGCAAAAAAAAGUAAAUAUGAUUCACUUAAUGCUAAUUUUGAAAGUAGUCGAUCAACACUUGAAUCGGAAGUUCGUGGAUUUUAUGAAGAACAAUAUGCACAAGAAUCUCGUUUUCAUACACUUAAAGCACAAAUGUUAAUUAAUGCUGUACAAUUAAAACGAGCAAAUGAUGAAACAAGUUCAUAUAUGUCAACAGACAAAGCAACAAAAUCAUAUAGAGAACAACUUAAUAAACAAAUAAAUACUGCUGAAGCUCGUAUUAAAACUAACCGUGAGAAACAAAAAGUAACAAAAGAUGUUCAAAUUGAUGGAACAAGACAAUUAAAAUAUUGGCGAGAUCUUUUGCGUAUGAUGGAACUUAAACGAAAAUUAGCUACGGGUGAACUUUAA